AUGCCAACUGCUGUUACAUGCUCAUUAUUGGCCGGAAUUUGUGCUGUUACCGAAUUUCAUUAUUCCAUUGAUUAUUCAUUUUUACAUUGGAGCGAAAAAUGGACAUUUGCUGGAAUCGAUGCGACAGCAUUGUCAUUUUUGCAUGCAAUUAUUGCAUUUGCAUUACAUUAA